AACUGCCAAUGGACAGACUGAUGCGACACAGAACCAUCCCAGUGUCUACUGCAGCCAUCACAGGUCAAAGAGCAGCAUUUAAUUCUAUUUAUAGGCUAAAUGUGCUAUCCCACCAAUGCUCAGAUACAGCCAGAUUCAUGUCAUCUACAACCAACGAUCCCAAACCCACCAUCAUCGCUCAACGUCUUCCCCAAGAUACAAUCCCAGCAUCCAUCAGAGUUACCCAUCCAAAAAGUGUUUUCCGUGAACAAAUGCGAGUCUUGCGUCGUUCAUAUAAAGAAGAGCAUUUACAAAAGGUUCAUGAAGCAGCACAAGUAGCAGUCCAAACCAAAGCCUUGACUGAAGAGACUGAGCAUCUCAAACAAGAAGAUAUCAAGCAAUUUAAAAAGAAGCGAGAUGCUUACAUGCAAGGUAUCGAUGCGUUCAUUUCACCUAUUCCAUCACUCCCGUCUCCCGUGGAUGCAGUGCUUGCUCGCAACAAUAAACAGUUUAGAUCGGAUACAACAGACGCCACUGAUGAAACAUUUGAAUCUCGUAAGCGUUUAUGGAACCAGUUUAUUGUUGAUCGACGCACUCGUCGAUACAAGAAUCUCGUUACGUUUAAACAAGAGGAAUCAAAGGUUCGUCGUGAUGCGUUGACAUAUCUCUACCAUUCUGCAGCGGAUUUUGUGUCGUAUAGAAACAUGGAUGCCAAGAUAGAUGAGGUAUUGAAAAUGAAUAUGCUGUUAUAUCGGACUUUGCCGGAACUGGCUAUGGCUGCCGAUCAGGAAGAAACUGGCAAUCCCACUUCGAAAUCUACUAAACGUCGUGAAGAUACUCUAAAGGGUGAACUGCUGGGAACGUUUGCUAAUGGUAGAAUGACCUCGGAUACCAUUUUAAGCAAGCAAGAUGCUACACUUGGUCUGGAUUCAAUCAUUCCUGACAGCGAACAGUUUGGAAAAUAAAAAUGAUUUUAUUAUGAAAGCCAC